AUGUCUACAAUGUCGCGUUCUGUGCAUAUCAGCCAGCAGAAGCUGGCUGAAAAGCUGAUUAUUUUAAAUGAUCGUGGUAUUGGAAUGCUAACAAGAAUUUAUAAUAUCAAAAAAGCUUGCGGAGAUGCUAAAUCUAAGCCAGCAUUCCUUUCAGACAAAGCAUUGGAAUCAUCAAUAAAACAUAUUGUUAGAAGAUUUCCAAACAUUGAUGUCAAAGGACUUCAGGCCAUCACAAACAUAAAAAAUGAAAUCAUUAAAUCUUUGUCUUUGUACUAUUAUACAUUUGUCGAUUUAUUGGAUUUCAAAGAUAAUGUUUGUGAGCUUUUGAAUAUUAUGGAUGCUUGUCAAGUGACUCUGGAUUUGACACUAAAUUUUGAAUUAACUAAGAACUACCUUGAUCUGGUCACAACUUAUGUGUCUUUGAUGAUAUUGCUAUCAAGAGUUGAAGAUCGCAAAGCUGUGUUAGGUCUUUUUAAUGCAGCUCAUGAAAUGGUUCAUAAUCAAAUUGACUCAAGCUUUCCACGUUUAGGGCAACUGAUAGUUGAUUAUGAUGCACCACUUAAAAAACUCACAGAAGAAUUCAUACCACAUCAAAAAAUCUUAUCUGGUGCAUUGAAUUCUCUCUGGCAUGUGUACCCUGCUAGAAAUCUCACUGCUGAACAUUGGCGAUCUGAACAGAAACUAAGUUUGGUCAGCAACCCUGCACAGUUACCUAAACCUUCUGAAACCAACACAAUGUCAUGUGAAUACAUUUCACUAGAAAGUCUUGAGAGCUGGAUUAUUUUUGGCUUUGCAAUUUGUCAUCAAAUGUUGCAACAAGAGCAUGCAAAUAAAAUGUGGGUCAGUGCUUUGGAGUCAAGAUGGGUAGUUGCAUUGUUUCGUGAUGAAGUUAUAUUUAUACACAGUUAUAUACAAGGCUUUUUUGAUGGAAUUAAAGGAUAUGGUAAAAGAAUAUCAGAAGUUAAAGAUUGUUAUCAUCAUGCUGUUCAAAAAGCAGGGUACAAGCACAGAGAAAGAAGAAAAUUCUUAAGGACUGCAUUGAAAGAAUUAGGACUCAUUCUUUCAGACCAACCAGGAUUGAUGGGUCCUAAAGCAUUGUUGGUUUUCAUUGGUCUGUGUUAUGCAAGAGAUGAAGUUUUCUGGCUUUUAAGACAUAAUGACAAUCCGCCACAGAAAGUGAAAGGUAAAUCAGCAGAGGACUUGGUUGAUAGACAGCUUCCAGAACUUUUGUUCCACAUGGAAGAGCUAAGAGCACUAGUCCGAAAGUACAGCCAAGUAAUGCAAAGAUACUAUGUGCAAUAUUUAUCAGGCUAUGAUGCUGUGGCCUUAAAUUUGAUGAUUCAAAAUUUACAAGUGUGCCCUGAAGAUGAAAGUAUUAUACUUUCAUCAUUGUGUAACACAGCAGCCAAUUUGAGUGUUAAGCAAGUUGAAGACAAUGAACUGUUUGAUUUCAGAGCUUUCAGACUAGACUGGUUCCGAUUACAAGCAUACACUUCUGUUGCUAAGACACCUCUUAAUCUUGUUGAUCAAAGAGAAUUGGCACAGUAUAUAGACAAAAUGGUUUUUCAUACUAAGAUGGUGGAUAAUCUUGAUGAAAUAAUGGUGGAAACCUCAGAUCUGUCUCUAUUUUGUUUUUACAGCAAAAUAUUUGAAAAUCAAUUUCACAUGUGCCUAGAGUUUCCUGCACAGAACCGCUAUAUUAUUGCAUUUCCACUUAUAUGUAGUCACUUCCAAAACUGUACUCAUGAGCUUUGUCCAGAAGAGAGGCACCACAUAAGAGAAAGAAGCCUCUCUGUUGUUAAUAUUUACUUGGAAGAAAUGGCAAAAGAAGCCAAAAAUAUUAUCACAACCAUCUGUGAUGAACAAUGUACCAUGAGUGAUAAACUGCUUCCUAAACAUUGUGCACAAACUAUUGCACACUUGGCAAACAGGAAGAAGAAAGAUAAAAACAAGAAGAAUACAAUUGAUUUUGUAAAGCCAGGAGCUGAAAGUUACAGAAAAACCAGAGAAGAAUUAACAACAAUGGACAAACUCCAUAUGGCUUUAACAGAGCUCUGUUUUGCUAUUAACUACUGUUCUACUGUGAAUGUUUGGGAAUAUACCUUUGCCCCUCGUGAAUAUUUACAUCAGCACCUAGAGACAAGAUUCUCUAAAGCAUUGGUGGGUAUGGUAAUGUUUAAUCAAGAUACUAGUGAAAUUGCCAAACCUUCUGAACUCCUAGUGAGUGUCCGGGCCUACAUGAAUGUAUUGCAAAGUGUUGAAAAUUAUGUCCACAUUGAUAUCACAAGGGUUUUCAACAAUUGUUUAUUGCAACAGACUCAAAACAUUGAUAGUUAUGGUGAAAAAACUAUUGCAUCACUUUACACUCAAUGGUACUCUGAAAUAUUACUAAGAAGAGUGAGCGCUGGAAGUAUUUGUUUUUCUAUGAACCAGAAAGCAUUUGUUAGUCUCACAGCAGAAGGAGCAAUUCCUUUCAAUGCCGAAGAAUACUCAGAUAUAAACGAACUACGAGCCCUUGCGGAAUUGAUAGGCCCAUAUGGUAUGAAGUCAUUGAGUGAAACUCUUAUGUGGCACAUUGCAAGUCAAGUGCAGGAAUUGAAAAAAUUAGUAGUACAAAACAAAGAGGUAUUGCAGAUGUUAAGAACAAACUUUGACAAACCUGAAAUUAUGAAAGAACAAUUCAAAAGAUUACAGCAGGUUGACAAUGUCCUUCAAAGAAUGACAAUAAUCGGAGUGAUUUUAAGUUUUCGUCAGAUAGCCCAGGAAUCACUUCUUGAUGUUUUAGAGCGCCGAAUACCAUUUUUGAUAAGUUCAAUCAAAGAUUUUCAACAGCAACUUCCAAGUGGAGAUCCAAUGCGGGUAAUUUCAGAGAUGUGUUCAGCGGCUGGAUUGCCUUGCAAAGUAGACCCAACAUUGGCUUCAGCAUUAAGGCAACAUAAAGCUGAAUUGGAAGAAGAAGAGCAUCUGAUAGUGUGCCUACUGAUGGUAUUUGUAGCUGUGUCACUUCCAAGGCUAGCACGCAGCGAAGGAUCAUUUUAUAGGCCAUCUUUAGAAGGUCAUGCAAAUAACAUACACUGCAUAGCACCAGCUAUUAAUCAUAUAUUUGGUGCGCUUUUCACAAUAUGUGGCCAGGGUGACAUUGAAGAUCGCAUGAAAGAAUUUUUGGCGUUAGCUUCGUCAUCGUUACUACGCCUUGGCCAGGAGACUGACAAAGAAGCAAUUAAAAAUAGAGAAUCUGUAUAUUUGCUUCUAGAUCUAAUAGUUCAAGAAUCCCCAUUCCUCACAAUGGAUUUAUUAGAAUCUUGCUUCCCUUAUGUGUUAAUACGUAAUGCUUAUCAUGAAGUUUACAAGCAGGAACAGAUGCUACUGCAUUCAUAA